GAUAAAUAUAAUAAUCCCUCCUCAACAAAACAAACUCCCAUCAUCCACAACAUCACGGGGUCCACAAACAAACUUUUCUCCUACUCCUUAGCUGUCACCCCUUGUAGGUCACCAAUGAACUCUUCUGCCACACACUCACGCUGGAUCAAUAUAUCAAGAGCAGCUGCUGCUACACACAGAACACAGGCUAACCUGGAGGGGCACAGGAAUACUGGGAAGUACUGUAGACAUUAUAUACAACUGGCCACUGGAAAAAUAUAUAUAUACAUACAACUUGGUAUCUGCCUUUGAGCUGAACAUCACAGUUCUAGAAGAAUCAUGCCUUAAUCAAUAAGCCACAUCAUUUCUGCUUUGGAGGUGAGACUGCAGCAGAAGUAGAGAAAGCAGAAAUGGCAUCGGCAUUGCUGUUGGCUAUCACCAUAGCAACCAUUGUUUCCUCGACAACCAAAGUGGAAUCAUGUCCCAAAGUGUGCAAGUGUACUGAAGAAACAGCCAUGUGUGCUAGUGCAGGUCUUCAGAGAAUUCCAGAAAACCUUCCCCAAUCCAUCCGCACUCUGAACCUAUCCCACAAUGCUUUGACCAAUAUGGAUAAUCUGUCUCUAUACCACAGCCUUGUUGAAGUGUAUCUGGACCACAAUGAAAUCACUGCUUUACCACAUGAAUUUUCUCCUACCUUGUUUCACUUGGAAAUACUCAGCCUUCAUUGGAAUCACAUACGAGAACUUUCUCCUUCCUUGGUACUGUUACCGAAUUUACACCAAUUACACCUCAGCCACAACAACAUCGGAGUAAUAGACAGAGACACGACAUCAAAGAUGAAGGAGCUUAGAAUAUUAGAUCUUAGCCACAACCAAAUUGAAGCUGUACCAAGUGAAAUGCUUAAAAAUUCACCACACCUUAAACAGUUGGACUUGGGAUAUAACUCCAUCCGUAAUAUAAGUUCAAGGGCAUUUGAUUCCUUAGAUUCGCUGACUGAUCUGUCUCUACAGCAUAAUGAGAUAAGACAUCUCAGCGCCUCUGUCUUUCAUUCCCUGCAUGGACUUCACAAGCUUGACCUGUCCAUUAACAAUCUCCAAUCCUUGGACCGCGAGAUAUUUGCUGCAAAUUCACAACUGAGAUCGCUCUCUCUCCAAAACAACCACAUUUCACAUAUCAACCCUUCUGCGUUGUCGGAACUUCAGGAUUUGUCAGACCUCGAUCUCAGUGGAAAUGACGUACCCUACUUCACAGGGGAUGUAUUCAGGAAAAAUUCAAAUCUGACCCAUCUGAACCUGAGCUACAGUUCUGUGUUGGAUGAUAUUCACUGGGAUGCUUUCCAAGGAUUACUCUCUGUGAAAUCCAUUGAUCUCAGCCAUAGCCCUAACCUUCAGUUCGUUCAUCGUGACCUCUUUCUUCCUUGUCUGUCUCUUCAAGUCAUUAAUAUUAGUUACAGUGGGUUCCAAAAUCUGUACUAUGAGGCUGUGGGGAGAGUGUCCCAACUACAGCAACUGCAUGUGCAGGGGAAUCCACUGGAAUGUAGCUGUGCAAUAAGAUGGAUGAAAAACAGUAGCCUGGUCCAAAAUUUGCCAAAUUUAACAUGUCAUGACAUCAGCAUCAACAUGACUUUAUCCUUGGACACUGUCCAAACUCAGGACUUAAACUGCACUGGUGCUCAAAUUACCAAUCAUACGAAGUCGCGCGUUUUCUUCAAACUCGGUGCCCCAGGACGAUUGGUGUGCGAAGCGUCUGGUUUUCCCAGUGCGGCAAUUGUGUGGACGACUCCGUCAGGACGCACCUUCAUACACAAUGACCCCUGGGUCAGUAACGUAACCCACCACCACGUUGCCAACGAGUCAUUUCAUGAGGAUCACCACUGGCAUGACAAUACUAAGGAGUACUUUCACGAUAUACCUCUAGAACACACACACUUACUCCAAGAUGGUAGUCUGUAUAUAGAUUACGUCACCAGGGCCCACGCUGGAAAAUAUACAUGCACCGCACGCAAUAUUGCUGGCAACGAUACAACUGUGAUAGUACUACGAUUAAAUUAUACUAAACUCUACGAAAUCCAGAAAAUGGGGUUGCUUGUAGGUGCUUCUUGUGCGAUAGGUUUUCUGAUUCUUUCUCUGUCCCUUAGAGGAAUCCAGCUUGCAGCAAAGAGGUGCUGUGCCCGAUAUUGUCGAAAAACUCCACCUGAGGAACGUAAAGGUAUUCGGCAGAUUCUUGAUAAUCUUGAUGCGUACCGGACAGAGAAAAUGGACCGUCUACGGGAAGGUUAUAACAACCAGAUGGGCAAGAUUCGUGAUAUUAAAGACCAGUGUUCCCAUCAAGUGGAAAAAAUGCGUGACAACUACCACAGCCAGAUUGCGCGAAUCAAAGAGAACUGUUCUCAACAAAUGGAGAGACUUCGAGAAAACUACCAUGCCCAACUUGGCCGCCUAAAAGGAUAUAAAAGCAGCAAACUUAUAAAAAUACGGGAAAAUUAUGGUGCACAGAAAGCAAAGAUUCGAGAAUAUGGAGUCCAGCAGCUAAAGAAACUCCACGAAAACUACAAGCUCCAGCAACAGCACUUAAUCAAAAUCUUGGAAACAAUGAACUUGGACCAUUGUAAAGGAGUCAUCGAAGCAGAAUGCGUGAGAACGGAAUCCAUGCUGUUCAACGCAGACCAAUUAUUGGACCCUAGUAACAUCGAUACCCCGGAUGACCUUAGUGAGCCCCCCUCGGAAUACAUGACUGCUGUCUCUGCAUCCUUCUCAGACAGAGACAUAUCAGAUCUUCAGGAGUAUGACACAGAGGACAAGAAUAGCACCAGUGAUAACAGUGAGAGUGAUAGUCAAGAGGACCAUCAACAACAAAUUCAGGAAGAUGACAUAGUCAUUGAAGUGGACAGCAGUGUUACGCCAGACAACCAUGACCACAUAAUGAUGAUCGAUAUGGACAGUGAAGAAGGCAUAGACAAUUCACAGAAGGAGUCGCCAGUAUGAUGGAUAUUUACAAUACAAUCAGUAUUUGUUUUUUUUUUUCAUUGUUUAAUCAAUUCAGAUCUAGUCAAACUAGACGAAAACUUAAAAUGUCAUUAAAUUCUUCUAGCAUAUCAAGUAAGUAAAAGAUAUUGAAAAUGGAUGUUCUUCUUUACAGUCAUGAUAUUGAUGCCAUUUCAGUCAUAGUGGUUCAUAUUAUUAUCAUUAAUGCUUCUGACUACUGCAAUCAGCUUCACAAAUGAUCUUAUACAAAGUAUUAAGAAUCCUGCAGCUCAUAGGUUGCUAGGAAACAGAGAAGUUGAUACUGGUUAAUUAGCCAAGGUUUGUAAUAUCUUGAUCAUUUGGUUAAAAAUAUAGUUCAAGGAAAAUUUAUUUAUUCAAACACUAGCUGAAACCAUGAAUACAUGAAAUUUUGAGAAAUAAAACAUUUGUAGACUGUGCUUAUUGGGAGCCUACUCUAUAAUAAAUGUGCACCCGCCUCCUUUUGAGUUGUAUCAACAAACAGAAAAUGAAAAUUCAUAUUUGCACACUUUCUUUUAUCAUGCCCCUUGUGGGGCUUUUGAACAAAAAGGAGUGAAAAUAUUGCCAGCAAAGACAUGUCAGGAUUUCUUUUGUUUAAGUAAUGGGGAAACAUAAAUAGAAAACCGAAUCUUCUGAAACGUAAGCAUUGGUUGUUCUUGUUUAUUUUUUAGUAGCUAUUGGUUGUUGAUAUACUAUCUUGUAUUGGAGCAACAUCUUGUUGUCACAUCCCAGUGUAAAAUCUUCAAAUAUUUUUCCAACUCUGAAUAGGAUUAUAAUAUAUUUCAGGAACUGUCCGUGGCAGUAGGUUAGUACUUGACUUAAAAUCAUUUCUAGUAUAAUAACCAUGCAGGAGCCAGAGUUGUACUAUCACAUUAUAACCACUGUCUUUGUGCAUAUAAUGGGCAUUAUACAGUAAGCUGGGUCAAAAGACGCCUUCGUGGCAUGAAAGUUAAGAUUUGCUUUGAUGCAUUAAUAUGAAGGAAAAUAGACAACAUGGAUCAUUAACUCACUACAUUCUUAAAUUAUUAUCUUCACCUUAUUUAUUAACUAUCACACCUUGCCUAUGUUACAAAUAAAUAUAUAUAGAGAGUCUACAUAUUUAUACACACUCAUGUGCAAUUAAUUUAUGAUCAAGGUGAAUGUAAUUUUUCUUCAUUUCAUGGUGCUGUUACUAACAUGGCAAACUAUUCCUAUAUUAGAUAUCAACUGUUGCUGACAUUGCUACUUCUUUAUUGACAACGAUGUGUUACUUAUUGUUUAGCACUAUAAUAUUGUAUUGUUAUUUCUCAUGUGCUGCCCAUUUCACAUUAUGCAUGUUAUAAUAAAAUCA